UAUUGAGUGUGCACGUCUUCACGAUCGUCCAUCAGAUGAUAUGUUCUGGAUUCUUCUGAUAUUUCUGCUUCAUACUUUUCUCGCCACCAACUACACAUUUGCUUCCACCGCCUUGAACUGCUUUUCUCUACGUCUUCUGUGUUCCAUCCUCGGAUCCACUGUCGAUCGUUUGGGGAUUUUAGGGCUUUCAAAGCGAAAGGUCCCAGCAACAACUCAUCACUUCCUCAAUGACCAUAUAUCGCUGAAUUCGGUUCUCCUCCGGUUGAAAAGUGACGCAUAG